UAUAUGUAUAAUACAACAUUGUCGAUAUACUAAAGGAAUUUACAAAUAUAUCAUCAAUUUACGAAUAAUAAAUAAAUAACUUAGGUGGCAAUUUUUCUAAGAUUUUUGACACGUCAAAAUUGAAAGGCGAAUUUAUCAUUUGUUUUCGUAUAUUUGUAACGUUUCGCAUAAUGUGGAUUUUAAAUCGCAAGAAUAAAAAGUAGCAACUUAUCUAAAUAAUAAAUUAUAUCAAACGAAUUAGCGUUGACUCACAAUCAGUGGCUUGGAGUCUCGAACACUCGCAAUGCCGAAUUGCAUGAUCAAUCUCACUUGGUACCUUGGAAAGUUUAUUAUCGGAUUUACCGGAAUAUUAUUUCUUUACGUCAAUUUCUUGAAAGAGAAUGAGACAAUAAGCUGCGUGUGCGACACUAUAAGAAUGAGAAAAUUACUGGGGGAGAAAAGUGAAAAGAUGCAAGGUAAACGUUAUUCAUGUGGAUGCAACAAGCCAAUGCGAUUAACAUGGAACGGUGAUAUGGUACCGGCGAUUUCAAAUGAUUUUAUUAAGCAUAAGAAGUCUUGUUGCACAAAAAGUCGCUGUUGCACCAGAAGAAAUUCUUGCUAAAAAAGAGAAGCGGUAAUGCGACAGGUCUUUGUCUGAUUGAGAUAUACUAUAACUUUUAUUAAAGAUAAGAUUUCUUACCUAGAGUUUUAGGCUUUUUCUUACGGAGUUAUUCCCUUACGAUUUAUUCAAUCGUCAUCAAUGUGUUAAAUAAUAAAGACAACAAGAAAAUAUAAAAUAGAUAGGCAUAUAUGAGUCAAACAUAUGGUACGUAAUUUCUUAUAUCAGUUAAUUGUAUCUAUUAUAUUUAAUCUUCCUUAUAAUUUUCUCAUCGCGAACGUUUUGACCUCAUUUAGACAAUCAUAUUUUCUGCAAUUCACACUGAAUUAAUUGUAUAAAAGGGAAAAUAUGUCAAUUACUUGCCCCAAUUACACAUGCAUUCACGUAGGUACGCUUGAAAUUACGUAAAAGACUUACUUAUAUUUUAUAUUUACAAUAUGAGUUCUGUGAUGAGGCUUGCCUUUUGAGUGUAAGGCGUAUUAUUAUGAUAAAGGUCGAAUAAAUAAAGGAAUUAUGUUUCAA